UCACACACACACACACACACACACACACACACACACACACACACACACAGAGAGAGAGACUCAUGAAGACGGAGCUUAUCAGGAGUCACGAGUUACCGAGUCAUGCAGCGCAGUAACUGUCUGAAUUUUAUGCCACUGAACUGAAGCCCAAAGCCUCAUCUGACUUGUCAUCAUGGCCGAAAUGGACAGUAGUCUGAGUUCUCUGAUAAAUCUGGAGGAUGAGCUGACCUGCAGCAUCUGUCUGAGUACGUUCGACUGUCCGGUCACCACCCCGUGUGGACACAACUUCUGCCAGGACUGUCUUCUCGAAAGCUGGAAGGACUCAGACUACAGCUGUCCUCAGUGUCGGACCCUCUUCACCACCAAACCGGAGCUGAAGAAGAACACGGUCCUCAGCACCGUCGUGGAGGCCUUCAACGUGAAGUUGAGCAUGAGCGAAGUCAGCCCGACUGUAGAGGAGAGCAAAGCCAAGAAAGAGGAUGUCAUACGCUGUGAUACAUGUAUGGAGGCAGAGGCGUCCCAGACCUGCCUCACCUGCAUGGCCUCUUUCUGUGAGGAGCACCUGAGGCCUCACCGGGAAAACCCAAAAUUGAGUGUCCACCAGCUGACUGAGCCUGUCGGCGACCUGUUGGAGCGUAUCUGCUCGGACCACCACAAGCUGAUGGAGUUUUUCUGCAGCCAACAUGGCCGACCAAUCUGCAGCAUCUGCCUCCAGCAAGCCCACAAAGGCUGCUCCUUCAUUUCUCCUGAGGAGCAGAGGAACGUGAAGGAGACUGACCUCAGGGACAAAUUGGGUUUGCUGGAUGGGAAGAUUGAGAAAACGGAGACUGUCAUGUUUCAAAUCAAUGACAUGCAGAGCAAGCUCAAGGAUGCAGCAACCAACAGGAAGACAACAUUCGCAGCUUUGUAUCAGCAGAUGCGGGAUAUGUUGACCCGAGUAGAACGAGAGGCCCAACAUGAGGUGGACCAUGAGCUGGAGAUUGGUCAGGCGAAACUUCGGGACCUCAUGAAUAAGUUAACAGAAAAUGCUAAGACAAUGAGAAAAGCCAGAGAAGAUAUCGACAGUCUCCUGAGUCAGUCGCAGACCCUGGCUUUUCUACAGGCUUCAUUUGACUUGCCUAGGGUUGUAAAGUUUGAACCUCACACCCCUCGAAUCAACCUGGACUCCAAGAAGGUGAUGGCAAAUCAGGCUUUCGUUGCUGCUCUGAAGGGGCAUGUGACAGAGAUCUUUAACGAGCCUGUUGAGGCCAGACUACAGAAACUUCAACCAGAACUUAACACUGACGUUGCGUCUGAGCUACCAGAUCCUCCAGAGCAGAAACAACACUCCAGGUCCCGCAGUCCAGAACGUCCACCUGUCCAGCCAUACUUCCAGCCAGUUCCUGUACCUGUGUAUAUAGGGUCACAAGGAGGCUGGAAUCCAUCCCAGUAUGCACAUGGCCAUGCCCCGGGCUCUUAUAGGGGACCUCCAUUUACGGCAAGACAAAAGACAAACAAGAAAAGUGAUACCAGUCAGCACUCCUCCCACAAACCAAACAAAAAGCCCCCCAGUGCUCCAGGAGGAAGUAAACCAAGUGCCAAAGGGUCUGACUGCACUAAGAAAGACAAGCCCAAAAGCCAGCCUUCAUCAGAAAAAAAAUCAGGACACCAUCCAAAGUCAAAAUAAAUAGCUGCUGCAGCAGCAGAUGUAUUGGCCUCCACAGACCUGAUACAAGGAACUGUGAGACGCAUGUAUCCUGAAAAUGUGUGGAUUAUGAGUGCUAUUCCGUCAUGUCAUAAAGGUAAAUGUUUGAACAAUUUAUAAGAAACAAAGGCUUUAUUCUUCCCAGCAGGAGCAUAUGGCUGCUGUGAUCUCUGACCAGGCAUAGACCAGUUUUUCACCCUUACAUUAGUUCAUUUAAAAUGUGACAUAAUUAAAACACACAGACAUGUUGCUUCUGUAUGAAAAUAUUUAUGGGAAUGUCUUCCAAUUCAAAACAUCACUUCAUUACAUUCAGUUCAAUCAAAAUUCAUUUUUAUCACCCGUAGUAACAAUUUCCCCAAAUCCUCUUUUGGGGAAAUUGAAACUGUUUCCAUAAAUAGCUUUAUUUUACAUGAUUGUAAUCAAUAAAAGCUUAUUUUCCUCCCA